GCAAACACAUCCGACGUAUAAGUGAGAGUUUUUAAUAUAGAAAGUCUUUCUGAAACAAAAGCAUCGCGGCCUGCGAACGAAACUAUUUCGAAGCGAAACUAUACAAAUCUAGAAUAAUGGAUAUAUAUGCAUUUUGAGCUACGUUUUGUUUUGCGACAUUGAUAUACAUACACCAGAAAUUCAUUGCCAUCGAGAAAUUUCCAUUGAAGUGAACAGUUUCACGUUACAAUUAAAAGAAAAAAAAUCACACACACACACACACACAUACACACACUGAGACAAUUUGAACAGAUUGUACGCCGCUAAAAAGUGUGAAUAAACUAAAAUAAAAUAGAAGAAACGCUCCAUUCAGUAGACUGACGGAGCACGUGUCUGAUUGCGGUAUACCGCUACUAAACAAGACGGAAGCCAUCACGCAAACGAGGCCAGAGUCUCGUGUCACGGGGAGGGAAUCACCAGUCCCCCCCGCAGCAUCUCGACGCUGGAUUCCUCCUUCAUUGAGACCACAACAUGGACUCACACAAGAGGCCAAAAAUGAUCAAAUUUUCCGAAAGGUUCGCGGUAUUCUCAACAAACUUACGCCGGAAAAUUUUGAAAAAUUAAGUGAUGAAUUGCUGAAAAUUGAGCUUGGUUCAAAAGUUAUAUUGAAAGGUGUUAUACUAUUAAUAUUUCAAAAAGCUUUAGAUGAGCUAAAAUAUUCGCGUAUGUAUGCACAAUUGUGCAAAAGACUAUCGAUCGAAGCUCAAAAUUUUGAAAAUAGCGAUAAAAAUAAAAAGCCAACCGAUACCCAACCAAGUUAUAAUAGUACAUUUUUGAGUAUAUUGUUGUCGGUUUGCCGUGACAAAUUCGAAAAUCGGUCUAGUGAUUGCCAUGCGCUACCACCAAUUGCAGACACAGCCAAUAGCAAUACAUCACCGACACAGAAUGGCAAAAACUUACGCGAUGAUCCGCUCGACGAGGAGGAACGUAAAUACAUUGCCAAACAAAAGAUGCUCGGCAAUGUUAAAUUCAUUGCCGAACUCUUCACACUCGAUAUGUUGGACGACAAAAUAUUGCACAAGUGUAUUAAGGAAUUAUUAUCGACCUCCAGCCAGAUCACGCAAAAAGAACGUUGCGAGAAUAUGGAAUGCCUCAGUCAAAUCGUUCGGACAUGUGGAAAAAUUGUGGACUCAGAAAAGAGUAAAACUUUGAUGGACCAAUACUUUGAAAGAAUAGAUCAAUGUUCCCAAUCAGCGAAGUAUCCGCCGCGUAUACGUUUUAUGUUACGUGACUUAAUCGAAUUGCGACGCAAUGGCUGGGUACCACGGAAAUCAGCAAAUACCGAGGCACCGGUGCCAAUGCAGCAAUUGCGUCCAGAUGACGACACACGGUUCAAUGCAUUCGAACCCAGCAAACGGGAUCAGCGCAACAUUGACCGUGACAGUGACAGUUGGAUGAGUAAAACACAAUUUAACUAUCAACCGAAUUCAAACUACAAUUCACCGCUCAUCAUGAAUAACAUUUACAAUAUGAACCAAUCGUACAAUUCUUCGCCAGUCGGUGGUAAUUACAAUAACCGUGAUCAUCGUGACGGCGGUAAUGGUCGUGGCAUCGAUCGUAAUUCGGAUCGAAAUAUGGACAGAAAUAAUGACCGAAUGGGAGAUCUUAUGGGUGGUGGAGGCCCCGGUGGAUACCGCCAUAAUCCCAAUCGCGAACGCAAUAAUAUGGGAAAUCAUAACCACAACCAUUAUAACAAUCAUAAUCGUUAUAAUAAGCACAAUAACAACAGUCCGCAUCCGCACAACAAUUACAACAACAAUAAUGCGGUGAAACAGUUGCCACCACGAUUCAAACAGAGUGUCAUUUCGCCUCAAACCAAUCAACAACAACAACAACAACAACAACAACAGCAACAACAGCAACAGCAACAACAACAACAACAAUCGUCUGAGACAUUUGACACGUUCCGGCCGCAAAUCAAUAGUUUACUCUAUAAAGCAACGAAUUCCAAUCGACAAUCGGCCCAAUUGCCGAUAUCCCAGCAACCGCGUCCAGCGAGUGCAUCAUCGGUCGAAACGACGGGCAGCACCGGUGGCGGCGGCGGCGGCGGCAACAACUAUUCAACCAAUAUAAAUUCACCGAAUGCAAACUAUCAAACGUCGGCAAAUGAUAAUGCGGCACCAGUACCAUUGGUGCCAUCACCCCAAUCGGCCAACAAUAUUCUGAACAAAGAUCAAGUGGUUAUCAAAUCGGCAUCGCAAGAGAAACCCAAACAACAGAAGAAGGACAAGGGUCCAAACAAAGAAGAGAUUCUCAAACGUGUACUCACAUUUGUUAAGGAAUGGUUGACCGUCACAUCGCCCGAUGAUAAUGAAAAGAAUAUGGACGAUGUGUUGGCCGCAUUCUUUGAGCUCAAAGUUCCCGAUAAGUUUAUGCGUGACUCGGUGACAUCCAUUCUAAAUGAGAUCAUUGACAAAUCGGACAUUGUGUACGAUCGUGUCGUUGAAUUUUUGACCUGUCUCAGAAAAGAAGGGAAACUCCAGAAUAACGCCCUGUUGGAAAGCUUCAAAUCACUGAUCAAUGGCAUGAAUGAUAGUCCAGUGCCACGUAUCACAACACUCGUUGCAUCGUUGCUCAGCCGUGCGGUCAUUGUGAAACUGUGCAAAUUGGCCGAUGUGGCAAAUUACACAGAAAAUGGUGCUCAUUAUCCAUUGUUUUUGCUUGUGUUGCAACAAUUGCAUAAGACAUUGGGUAAACAGGGCUUGCUCGACAUUUUCAACGAGAGCAAAGUGAAUUUGAUGUCAUCAUUGCCCGAAGCGGAUCGCACUAAAGAUCGUAUGGCCGAAAUUCUCGAAGAUCGUAAUUUAAGUUUCCUGUAUCCGUUACUAAAAUUGCAAGGUGAACUUCAGAAGCAAAUUCAAAAUGAUCCAAAUCCACAAUCAUUGUACAAAUGGAUUAAAGACAAUGUUGAACCGGUUUGCUACAAUGAUCCGGGCUUUGUAACCGCACUGAUGAACGUCAUUCUCAAAUACGUCACACAGGAAACAACAUUGGCUGAAGGAAUUGAUCCAAAUGUCAUACCGGAAAAAUCGCUAAUUGACAAAGAAUUAACGCUCUUGAAAAAAUACUGUCCCGUACUGAAUGCAUUCCUCAACGGCAAUGGUGAUUUGCAGCUGGUCGCCAUAUUUGCGAUGCAAGUGUUUUGCUACAGCUACAAUUUCCCCAAAGGCAUGCUAUUGCGUUGGUUUAGUGAAUUUUACGACAACAAUGUGAUCGAAGAAGAGUCGUACAUGCGAUGGAAAGAAGAUUUAAGCGAUGUGUACCCCGGCAAAGGAAAGGCCCUAUUCCAAGUAAACACCUAUCUAACGUACUUGGAGGAGGCCGAAGAAGAAGAAGAUGAUGAAGAUGAGUAGACGGCGAUGUAAUUUUUUCUUUUCUUUUCUUUUCUUUUCAUUCAAACAAAAACAAUUUUUUGGGACGUGACGAACAGUCUUAACAUAUUAAUUGAAUAUAAACAACAACAACAAAAAAAAAGAAGAAAAAAUAAUAAUAACGAAACUAGAAAAAAAAAACAGCAAAAUCAAUGUAAAACCAAACACAAAAAAAAUAUCAAAUUAUAAACAAAAAAAAAAUGAAGAAAUGAGAAACCAAGAACCUAAAAGAAUUUUGAAGAUCGAUGCGAAAUGAAAUAUAGUAAUAAUUUAACAUCUUACGAAAUUGUAUUAAAAUCAGUCUUCGGACAAUGAACCAGGCAGUAAAUAGAGAGCAAAGCAGGGUGAUAAAAAAAUAUUCUCAAUCCAAUCAUCUCCAUCAAUGGAAUAGAAUGUUUUUUUAUAGAAUUUAUCCAAUUUUCACAUUUAAAAAAAAACACAUGCAAAACUGGAAUAAAUAAAACAAGAACAAAAAAAAACUCGGCAAAAUGCAACUCAUGAUUAAGUCUUCAAAAACUCAGAAAAAAUAAAACAAAAAUAGUUAAAAUGUGUGUAUUCAAUGGAAAAGACCUAUAUUUUUUGAAGAAAUAGUCAAACAAUAUGAUCAAUCUAUUUAAAAACAGCAACAGCAAACAACAACACAUUCAUUACAAUACAAGUUGAAACCGAAAUACCAGCAACCAAUUUAAAAUGAACAGAAAAAAAAGAGAAGAAACACAGAAAUAAAAAAAAACAACCAACUCUCAUAGCAAUGCAAAUAUUUGAAUAAUUAUUAGCAUUAAGUCAUUUGUAUAAAAUCAAACAACAAAGAAUAAUAUCAGCAAUAGCAUACAAUAACAGCAACACCUUGUAAAAUGCGUAGCUAUCAGUUUCAUCUGAAUUUUUUCCUUUCUGUUUCUCUAUUAUAUAUUAUUAUUUUGUUGUCCGAUCACUUUCCAAGUUUACAUACACAAAUUGCUGAAUAAUUGUUUUGGUUUUUUUAUUGUUUUCUUUUUAAAUGAAAAUCUGACGAAAGAAGUAACCAUUUAUUUAUGACUACAUCUGGAUUGUAUUACGCAGAAGAAAAAAAAUAUAACAGCCAAAAAAGCACAGUUUUGUGAACAAAAAAAAAACAACUACAACCGAGAGCAGAAGGUUACCGGCGGGUAGCUUUUUUUUGGUUUAUUUCUCUGAAUGGAUUGCAGGACGCAAUGCCAUUUUUCCAAUGCAAUGCAGCAUAUUCAUUCCGAAAAUACAGAAAAAAAGAAAGAACGUCUGCCGGUAAUCUGUUUUAUGUUUUAGCAAAGGAAACGCAAAUCUAUGCAUUACAAUAGCUAUACCGACCGAUUACAUCCAGUUUUACAUAUAUAUCGUUCAAAGUAUGUUUGAAUUUUAAUUUAAAAAAAAAAACAAACAAAACAUCAAGAACCGAAUAAAGAAAAUGUAAUAAAACAAA